GACGGGAUGACAGUUCUUCGGGUAUCUAACCAGUCGGCAGAGGGAGAGCUUCCUGCUUAGAGUUUUGUUAUUUUUGGUUGCUGGCCUGUUCUUGCCGUGCUGUCGAUUUCAGUGUCAUCAUGACAUCCAGCAUAGACGAAAGCAACAAGGAAAAGAUGCGCUCCGUGUCCGUAGAUCUGAACCAUGACGCCUCUCUUCUCAUCGACAUUCCUGAUGCACUCUGUGAAAGGGACAAAGUCAAGUUUACUGUCCAUACCAAGACAACACUAAGCUCUUUCCAGAAGCCAGAUUUUUCCGUACCAAGGCAGCAUGAAGACUUCAUCUGGCUACAUGACACUCUGGUUGAGACGGAGGACUAUGCUGGCCUAAUUAUUCCUCCAGCGCCCCCAAAGCCUGACUUUGAGAGCCCGAGAGAGAAAAUGCACAAACUUGGGGAAGGUGAAGCCACUAUGACCAAGGAGGAGUACACUAAAAUGAAGCAGGAGUUGGAGGCUGAGUACCUGGCUGUGUUCAAGAAAACCGUCCAAGUGCACGAAGUCUUCCUGCAGAGAUUGUCCUCUCACCCCUUUUUAAGCAAAGACCGAAACUUCCAGAUUUUCUUAGAGUAUGACCAGGAUCUAACUGUGCGAAGAAAGAAUGCCAAGGAAAUGUUUGGCGGAUUCUUUAAAAACAUGGUGAAGUCAGCUGAUGAGGUCCUUAUCUCAGGAAUAAAGGAAGUGGAUGAUUUUUUUGAGCAAGAGAAGACAUUCCUGCUUGACUACUACAGCAAGAUAAAGGAUUCCACUGCCAAAGCCGAGAAAAUGACGCGCUCGCACAAAAAUAUUGCGGAUGAUUACAUCCACAUCUCUGCCACUCUGAGCACUCUCUCUGCUGAUGAUACCACAGCAAAUAAAAAGCACUUGGAGAAAUUGGCCGACCUGUUUGAGAAGCUCCGAAAAGUAGAGGGAAGAGUAGCAUCUGACCAGGAGCUGAAACUCACAGAGCUUCUCAGAUAUUACAUGAGAGACAUCCAGGCUGCCAAGGACCUUCUGUACAGGCGAGCUCGGGCGUUAGUGGACUAUGAGAACUCCAACAAGGCUUUGGAUAAGGCUCGACUGAAGAGCAAGGACAUUCCCCAGGCAGAGCAGCACCAGCAGCAGUGCCUGCAGAAAUUUGACAAACUCUCGGAUUCUGGAAAGAAAGAACUCACCAGUUUCAAGGGCAGGCGCGUUGUGGCCUUCAGGAAGAACCUGAUCGAGAUGGCCGAGCUGGAGAUAAAACAUGCCAAGAACAACGUGACUCUAUUGCAGGGAUGCAUUGACCUGCUCAAGAGCAUCUGACAAGUAUUCCUCCGCUGCCAUCACCGAGGGACCAGUCACAGUGAAUGGAAUCCUGGCGUCCCCGGGGCCUUGCAUGGAUGCGUAUCCAGGCCCUACCUUUGAUCCCAUCCACGGGGCUGAUGCCACUUUAAAACCCUGCUAGAGACCAAGUGUCUUGUGAGCAAAAUGUUUUCAUGUUUACAGUCCCUGUCCUCUGGUCCGCGGUCCCUCCUUUCCCAUUGUUUAUGGAAGUCUUAACUCGAUGUGAAUGCAUCCGGAGAAUGAGGAUGCCAGCAUUAAGGCAAUUGAGGUUAAUCUUUUUUCUUCUUUUUUUCUAAUUUUAUGUUUUCUAUUUUCUGCACAUAUGCCUUUUUCAUCAGAUUUUGCCUCGAUAAAUUUGAACUCAAAGCUCUUCUACACUUUUAAGCACAGUACCAUUCAAAAUUUGGACACAACUUCUCAUUGGGUUGAAUGAGACAGUGUGUCCAAUCUUAUGACUGGUACUGUUCAUUUUUCUUUUUCUUUUAGGCUAAGGGCGUGUCCAUAAGUCUUUUUGGGGCUUUUUUGUUUGGUAAUGGAGCAGAUUUACAGAAGCAAAACUAGUGCUUAGAGGAAAUAAAACAUCGUCAUGAUCUGGAGAUUAGAGCAAUGACAAAUGAACUCUUAGAAACUCACGACUGACCUAAUGAGAUAAGACCAAUCAUCCAACAUCAAGUGUUCUAAAAUAGCGGCACUUCAUCUCUGAUAUAGACAGUUGGAUCUGUCCCCACCUUCUUGUUUGUAAAAAAAUGCCUUCAGAUCCCACAAUAAUCAAAUUAUUCAGGGUUUAGGGUUGUAGAUGGGUGAGAACAAGUCAUCAGUUGGAUGAUUGAGCAUCUAGCGAAAUCCACCGUAGUAAUGACUGAAUCGGCUUUUAGUCUUUAUUUGCACAAUGCUUAUGUGUUAUCCAUCUACUACAUGUAUCGUGUCCUCAGCAGCUUCUUCACCCUAACCAACUAUGCCCAUUAAUGUUUUGUCCGUAAUUAUUGUUUUCUUAAUUUUGCCCUAGAUUCCACUUUUGGUUAUUGAUACGGACGGUCUUGUGUAUCAGGCCUGAUAUAUUUACCAGAUCCUCUACACAUUUUGUUUAUUUAAACAAUUUCUACAACGAUGCACUAAAUAAAUAAAAUGCACUCUACUAUCACGACCAGGCUCAGUGGAGUGUUGAAAUGCAUUAUAGUUUUUUAAGAAAUUGAAUGUAUUUCUAAUGGAUUCCAACUGUGUGAAUUCCUUUACAUUGUGUUUUCUUACAGAACAUUAGCCUUUUUUUUAUAAAUUUGUAACAAUGAUAUUGAAUAAAUCCUACUUUCCCAAGAUUGA